GUAGUCUCCCCCACCGUAUAGUGUUAGUUGUGCUUGGGUAACUGUUGUGUGUGGAUGUGUGUGUACGUUUGGAAGCUGGAUAGCGACAAGAAACUUAUUUGUUGAUAACAGUUGUCAUUAACAUCUAAAACUUUCCCAGAAAGUGAGUAGCAUUUAUCGCUGGAGAGAAGCUGCUCAUCAAUCCGAAGACCAUGCCUGGCCAGUGCCCAAAAUGUCAGAAGUCAGUGUACUUCGCUGAAGAGAAAAUUGUCCUGGGGAAACCCUACCACAAGAUGUGCAUCAAAUGCGCCAAGUGCAACAAACUGCUGGACAGCAGCACCUUCACUGAGCAUGAGGAUGAGAUGUACUGCAAGAGUUGCUAUGGGCGUCUCUUUGGCCCCAAAGGCUACGGAUACGGCAUUGGCGCUGGAGUGCUCUCCAUGGAUGACGGGACGAAGUAUCAGAAUGGCCCACCAACCAGCAACAUCCCAGCUACGAUGGAGGCCUAUGUGGCUCCCCUAAAACAAUCUGCCCCGACUGUGAAGCCUUUAAAGCCUAAGUGGGGAGGAGCCGAUUACUGCGUCAGAUGUUCCAAGCAGGUCUUCAUGGCAGAGCGAAUCAUGGCGGCAGGAGGAGCGUGGCACAAGGCUUGCUUCAGCUGUCGCGAAUGUCACAAGAGGCUCGACUCCCACUCCAUAAGGGAACGUGAACAGGACAUUUACUGCAACCCCUGCUAUGGGAAAAACUUUGGACCGAAGGGUUAUUGGGGUUGGUCAUCUGCCAAAGUUUCAUAAAUGUCGCGCUUGAAGGCAAAGUUCGAAGCACUUUCACCACCCUAGGUUUAGCGUUGGUUAUUAUGUAACCUUAACCAUUGAUGCUUGGUUCAUGAAUUUAUAUGCAUUUUGAUUUUGUUAGCAGCAUAACGUUUAAGAAUAAAU